GCCAUUUCACAGCUUCAGAACUGAACUUUCCAGUAAUUCCAGGCGUUACUCCGGCAACCGCUCCGAUGUCGACCGUGAAAAUAACACCGUCGGCGAUUUCACUUCCUGUCACUAUCAAACAACUCGCCUACCUUCACCGCGGACCUAGAAUUCGGACUCAUUUCGCCGCAAACCCGACCCGUCUCAGAGCCCAUGGCCUCCGAAGAGGCAUGGUCGUCACUGCAAUGUCUUCGGCAUCGGACCCUGUCGAAGUAUGCGCUAAGGCCUCCAUCACUAUUCCCGACAGGCUAGGCGACUGUCCCUUUACUCAGAGGGUUUUGUUGACUUUAGAGGAAAAGCAUCUUCCUUAUGACUUGAAGCUGGUUGACCUAAGUAACAAACCAGAGUGGCUGUUCAAAAUUAGCCCGGAAGGGAAGGUUCCUGUGGUGAAGAUUGAUGAGAAGUGGGUUCCAGAUUCAGAUGUUAUCACGCAGGCGCUGGAAGAGAAGUUCCCUGAUCCAUCGCUGAAAACGCCGCCAGAGAAGGCUUCUGUUGGAUCAAAGAUCUUCGCCAAGUUUAUUGGGUUUCUGAAAAGCAAAGACCCUGCUGAUGGAACGGAGCAAGCAUUAGUAGAAGAGCUGACUGCUUUUAAUGAUUACCUUAAAGAAAAUGGCCCAUUUAUCAGUGGAAAUGAGGUGUCUGCUGCUGACUUGUCUCUAGGACCAAAGCUGUAUCACAUGGAGAUUGCUCUGGGGCACUACAAGAAGUGGUCAGUCCCAGAUUCACUUAUCUAUCUGAAGUCGUACAUGAAGGACAUAUUCUCCCGGGAUUCCUUUGUCAAAACAAGGGCAGUGACAGAGGAUGUAAUUGAAGGUUGGAGACCAAAGGUCGAGGGGUAGACGAAGAAACAUUUCAGGAUUACAUUACAAACCGAGGUACAUGCAGAUAGAAGUUAGCAACCCCACUCUUCUCUCAUUUUUCAAUAUGGUUUUGACAAUAAGAAAUAUAACUUUGUAUGCUUCAUUAACAGUCA